AAUGGCUCCCGAUAUCAGCGUACCAGACCUUGCAAAGCUUCGUGAUAAGUCAGGCCAGAGGGACCUGCGGCGAGAUGGGACCGACACGAAUGCUACUGCAUCAUGCUCAAAAUAUCAGCCCAACGGCAACGUGACGUCGGACAUCACACUGCCUGAGGCAGUUAUGAGUGGUGGAACAGCUUCCAAGGGACCAACUGCAGAAUCCAUUGAAUCUGAAGACAACAUGGCGUCAGGCUCAAAUGGUGGCGGUGGGUUUGGAUUUUUAAAGAACGCUACAAAUAAACUGUUUUCUAAACUAUCGCUUGACCAUGACUGCGAGGAAAAUGUCGAAGCGAAAAACACGGAAGAGGCAGGUGCGGUCGCAGGAUCACCUAAGAAGUCGCCGGGGAAAUCACCUAAAAAAGAAAAAGGAAAAGCCGUUGAUAAGGAGGACGAAGACAAGUUCCACGACAAUCGACGGUGUUCAAAGAUCGAGAAGUCGAAGUACGCCAGUAUGUGGCGAAAUAUUGUCAACAACAGUAUGGUAGGGACGGGGAUCGUUUCAAAGGCUGCAAUAGUUUCCCAGGACGGCCAGAUACUCGCCCAGACUAAAGGCCUAAGCAUUAAAAAGGACCAGAUCCUUACGUUGGCGCGUGCCAUUCGCAACAACCCCGGCGAGCUCGCGGUCAACGGGAUUAACCUUGGUGAUGAGAACUUUAGAUAUAUGCGCUCGGAGAUUGGCAAUGCUGUUUACGGUGUGGAUGAGUCCGGAAGCGGCGGGUGCGCUGUCAUUUCUACGAAGAGGUGCCUUAUGAUAGGAAUUUAUGAACAACGAGCACACGAGGCCAAUAAUCUGGUUGAAGAGCUGUCGGAAUAUUUGAGGGGGAGGGACAUGUGAAUAUUGUAUGGCAGGUUCGUCACUCGGAUUCUAGUCUUGGUUUAAAAUGACUAUGCCAUAAAUCGCGGUAGAGGAUGCAAGCUGGCGCCAACUGGGAAACCGUGUAGGACUUUUUUCCCGGCCGAAAGUGCGCAGGUAUUCAUUUAUGCGACACAGGUAAUAUCAUCCUUUCUUAGUUGUAGGUGGAACUGGCAAAUUCUUUUUUAAAUCGUCGAUGGAAUGCAUUUGCCUACUUCGUUUUUCGUCGUUCGUAGCUCCUCGUAAAGCUUGAAAAACCUGCCUAAUAGAACGAAAGGAACGAUUUUUGUUGACGUCAGUAACAUUGUACCUUCUAAGUCUUCGACGACUUACAUGUACAUUCUAUCAGCUGUUUGCAUUAAAGUAGUUUCGGGAAGUAUAUAUACUUACAUUGCAUUCUACACAGGAAUCCCGUGGCUGCCUCAAAUUUUCUUGAUGCACUCUUGCUUUAAAGAUGAAAUCCUCUCGACGAAACCAAUCUAUCAGUUGAGCUAAUUUGUGUCAAGUCUGUAGCAAAACUUGUGAUUUCUUAAAGUGAUUUUCAAACUAUGCAUUGGGUAAAUUAUACCCUAUUUCUACUGGCAUCCCCUUUAAGAGGAAGAAAGUAUUCAACUUGAACAGGUGACUUGAAGUAGCCGAGUGACCGUUGUCAUGGCAUACAUGUGGAUGUUUAGUUGAAUUUGACUUUUUGCAUUAUGUGUUGAUAGGUCGGGAAAUGGUUUUGUUCACUGCUGAAAAAGCUACAAAAUAUGCAAAUACAUGUUUGGUGAUUCGGGCUAACGAAGUCUACGUCAAACUACUGAACCAAUGGACUUGGUCAACCUGCUUUCCAGGGGCUGGCGAGUAGAGUCAACAUUUCUACAUGGCGGUUACUCCAUCUGUCCCUGAACAUGUGUUGAUUGAUAACAAUAAUGUGUUUCCUCGGUUACUCACUCCAUCUAUCCCUAAACUUUGGCGGAUAAUAUAUUUCUCCGGUUGCUCCAUCUAUCCCUGAACGCUGGCUGGCGUUUGAUAUAUUUCUACAGCUACUGCGUCUAUCACUGAACUUUUGUUGACAUUACUAAAUCUCAAAAAGUUGCUUUGGCGUGCAGAAAAGCGUUUUGCAUCAUCGAAACCUAUCAAUUUUUGUUGUAUGUUAUUGACAGAAUGAACGCGAAGUGUUGCUACAUGUACGAUAAGUGUAUGUGCUUCAAGCUUAUUAUGAAAAUGAUAUCAGUUCCUGGUAAGGUAUGGCUAUCCAAAUGUUAUGUAGUGUGCAUUAUGUUAACAGAAGCGGUUUGUUGUCCAAAACUAUUUUAUUUCAUUUCUUGGUAUUCGAUGAUAUCUGACAAUGUCAGAAAGAAAAUUAUGAAGAUAUUUAGAACUUCAAAGCUAGUUUUCGAGGAAAAAAACAUCAUCAAUUAGUUGGCCCACCUCACGCACUUUUCUUCUAGGACAUAAAAUCGAAAUCAAUGUAUGCACAUAACCGUAUGAUGAAUGUAUGCACAUGCUUUGAUUUGAGUUUCGAUAAACAUGAUAAAACAUUGGCAAAUAUUUUAAAUUGUAUAUUUUCUGUGAACAAAACUAUGACUGUGAAUAAAAUAUUAUUGAUACUUGUUUAA